GUAAAUAAUACAAUUGUGUCAAAUACUCUGUUGAUUUAAAAAAUUUAGCUUUCGUUGUAACAAAACUUCAUUAAUUGAAUUGCAUAAUGGCCAUUUUCACGUUUAGAAAGUUCCCUUCACCUAAUGUCUUAUUGCUUCUGUUAGCAAACAUUUGUUCACGUCGUCGCGCAAUGGUGAAGAAAGUCUGGUGUCGUGAGCUGUUUGGGAAAUUUCUUCAGGUGAGAUACGAGCCAACGCAGGCACGAUAUUUUUCCGAGCCGAAAUGUCAGGACACCGUUCGGUUAUGGUACUUGGCCUACCGCUACCUCAUCUUCUGCCUCUGGUUGCUCAUUAUCCUCUGCUCCGUCUUCGAGAUCGGCAGUGUUAAUCCCCUCGGGCUUUUGGAAAAGUGGCCGAUCUACUUAACGAAUUGGGACUUGAUUCUUGGCCUCGUUCAGUCUUUCCUCGCUUGCGUCCUGGUCACGCGUCGCUCGAGGUACCAGGAACAGCCAGGCUUCGACGCCUCGAGCUUAUACUACGGGAAGCUCGAGAAGUUCUACUGGUUCAUGUACGUGGUUACCUCGAGCUUAGCGCUGGGCGUCACCAUCACGUACUGGGCCCUCAUCCACGAUCCAGCAAUUCACCACGUUGACGUCCUCAAUAUCCUCAUUCACGUAGCCAACAGCUUGCUCAUGAUUGUGGAUUUGUGCGUGACGAGUGUUCCCUUUGAAUUCCGUUGUUUCUGGUGGUGUCCCUUCUUCGUCAACUUCUACCUGAUAUUCAGCAUCGUGUACUAUUUGGCCGGCGGAUUGGAUAAGAACGGCCAGCAUCGCAUCUACAAUAUACUCGACUGGGAGAAGCCGAUUAUGACAUUACUCAUAUGCGCGGGUGGACUGACUUUCUUGGUUAUAACGCACUGCUUGCUGUGUAUUUUGGCUCGAUUGAGGAACCAUGUGUACGAGCGAAGGCGGAAACCUUUUGUCAGCGAUGCCAAAAAUGUCAAAAAUAUGGGCAAGGAGCCAACGUAUACACGGAAAAACGAGUCUUGCGUUUGAGAUAAUGCUUUAGAUUUUUUUUUUUUUUCUUCAAAACAUCUGAUGAAAGUGAUUUUGUGUAGCGCGUAAAGUAGCCUUUUGUUUAUGCUUUAGUUCUCAGGUGAUGUAAGAUCUUGCGGGCAGCGAGAUAAAUACUCAUUUGUGUAACUAUCAGCUAUCGUAUGCGCUAUUUUCCUGUUUGGACCUCGCAGUGUGACACGCUCACAUUAAGCUAAUUGGCAGUGCGUAAAAAAUGACGAAAGAAACUAAUGUUAUUUUGGUUUCUUAUUAUUACUUUGUUUUUAUAAUUAUUAG